AUGAUACACAUAGCCAUCGGCACGUUCCGAGACUCCAUGCGCCGAAGAAGAAGUCGGGGGACCUUAACCCCUUACCGCUACCCAUUCUCGCGGAACAUCCCCUCGUCUCCUCCCGGAUACAACCUGGUCAUUAAGAACGACAAACCGGGGCGGAUUCCCAACAGCAUCAUUCCGCACGAGCAAAACAUGGCCAACUCGGCACAAGAGCAGCACUGCGGAAGCCCGGACGAGAACAUACCAUCUGAUUUGGCGAGCUUGCAUCGGCAUUUACGGGUCGCCCAAGAGCAGCUUGACAUGGCCUUUCAGACUUAUCAAACCAAAAAUACGGAGCAGACGUCGAGGUCGAGCAGUCCUGUGUCCAUGGCGGAGCAAAACCGAGUGAAUAUGGUUCAAGAAAAGCAAGGAGCAAGGCCAAAGUCAGCAGACAAGACGGCUGGCAAAAAUGGAAAGACGUCAGUUUGGAUUUAG